AUAAAUAGUAUGACGUCAUCAGCAGGGAGAAAAACCAUAAAAAAGUUGAGUCCUUUGAAGCCAAAAUUCAAAAUUACUGCGGAUCUUCAUUCAUUUUAUGAUUUUAGCAAUAGAAUGAAAAUUAUUUCAACAGUAGAAGUGUAUCAAUAACUUCAACUACUCGUCAUCAUGGCCGUAGCAAUCGCAGUGCUCGGGAAAGAGAAUUCACUCAAGUAUUUCGUUUGCUUGAAUCCGGAAUUGGAUCUUCAAUUUCGUUACAAAAUGCACACAGCAUUAGAUUUCAUCGAAGAAAAGCUAUCCUCUGCUGGCAAGCCAACAAACGACGUUAGAGAACUAUACUUAGGACAAUUAUAUGCCGCAGAAGACUAUAAAUUAUAUGGCUACGUAACGAAUACCAAAAUAAAAUUCAUAAUUGCUGUCGAUCCCACGAAUAUGUUACGUGAUAACGAAAUCAGAUCGAUGUUCAGAACUUUGCAUAAUGCAUACGCUGAUGCCGCUUGUUGUCCUUUCUACGUACCUGGAAGUAUGAUUAAAUCUCCAAAAUUUGAUAAAAUUGUGAAAGGUUUGAUGGAAGAAGUCGUCUAAGAUGGAGCCGAUGGUCUUGAACGAAAUCAUAUUUACAUUGGUGAUGACUGAUGAGACAACGGAGCUCGAGAAAUAUCAUCUUGUUCUUGUAUGAAGAAUGUUCUGUGUUCCAGUGUGUUACGUCAUAUCAAGUAUAGGUGUUGAGAAUUUAUUUCUACAAAAAAGAAUAAAUCUGUUUAACUGUUACGAUCGUUGAUAUAUUUAUAGUAUAUUUUAUAUUAAUUAUAAUGAUCAUGUUCGGUAUAUUACAUCUGCUAGAUCUUUGAAUGUGAUCUAUGUGUUAUUUGUUAUAUUCUGUAUUUAUUCCAGUCACCCAAAUAUCCUUGUUUUUUAUUGUUUUUUUAAUGCAAACCAUCUGUGCAUUAUACUCAUUACUUCAAUAAAGUAAUCAGGAAAAAAACA